AUUUCCGCCAGCCCUUUGCAUGCGUGUGUGCCUGUGCCUGGGUGUGUGGGUGUUUGUGUUUGCGGGUGUAUUGGAGUGUGCAUAAUGUGCUAGUGUGCAAGGAUCUGCUCAUUUCCGCUCACCUGCCAAAAACUAGGUAAAAGCCAGCUCGUUAAGCUCACGGUGAAAAAUCCAAUUGCAGUGCAUCCAGUGUUUGGGAAAAAACCUUAAAGCAAACAGCAGGCGAAGUGAAUUAACCAUAAACAAAACCCAAAACGAAACGAAAGCGGAGCAGAGCAAAAGCGAAAUUUAAACGUCUCUGCAUAUUAAUCAGAACGAGGGAAACGUGAACAGGAUCAGGUCCUAGACAACUUAUCACCGAGGAUUUACGCAGACAGACGAAAGACUAGUCCCGAGCUGCGAGAGUAGAGCAAAAGGCAGUGCUAAUCAACGGCCAAGCCAGACGACAUCGCUCCCAACUGGCCACGCCCACCCAACGCUCAUCCUUCGUCCGCCACAAAGCAAAACAAAAAAGAAGGCAAACCAGAACGGGAGCAGGCGCAGGAGCUGGAGCAGGAGCCGCCUCAUUUGGCCACUGCGGAUUAUGUUAAUUAGAUUUUAAGCACGCGACGACGACGACGACAGCGACGACUGGGGAGCACUUGGCAUUGUAAUGUGACAACAGUUGGCUAAAAACACGGCGAAACGAAACAGCAACAGCAACAGGAGUGGCGGGUAUGCUCGCUUUUUAAUUGACAUUUGCUCGAGUUGAGUUGCGUUUUGUUCAACAGCAAUUAGCCCGCCAAAGAAAACUUGGAAUUACUACGAAAACAACAACAAGAACAAAAAAAACCAACACACAAAGGAGCGCAAUUAAAAUUGUAAAACAAUUGCAGAGUGCUGAAUUGAAAAAAAGGAAAACAAUAGCAGACGAGCCACCAACCGACCGACAACCGACCCGGAAUAGAAUGAUCAAGUUGAUUUAAUUAAAAAUUCAGCAUUUCAGCACUCGGAGGGGGUGCGCCAUGAAAUUUUAACAAGCAGCCUGAGCAAUGGCCGGCCGACCGGAAACGCAGCCAUUGCCCUCGGGCAACAUCCGCCUCUGACUGUCGCCGACACUUGUCACAUGUUUGGCCAAAAAGGCGCGCACGUGACGCCGCCAGAAAAGGAGAGCCCGCCGAACGAACGGAUGAACGAGUGAACGAGGAAAUGAAUGAGCCAGCAGCCAUAUUCAAAAUUGAACGUUAAACGUUCGCACGUACCGAGCAUAAAUUCCAAGUGAAAUAAAAGCCAGAAAAAAAACCCAAAAACCCCCAUUAAUUCCAACAAAAAAUACAAGAACCCAACCAAAAAAAAAAAUAAUAACGACGACAGAAAGUGGGGCGAAAAUGGUGAAAAUCGUGAACCAACACUGUGAUCUAGGCCUGGCCCUACUCCUGGCCUGGACAUUGCUAACAAGGCUAGUGGUGGUGGGCGGUAAUGCCCAGCUGGUCGACCUCCCCAUGCCCAUCUCGUCCUCGCGCUCGGCCGCCGAGUGGGAGGAGCAGCAGCUGUCCCAGCAGGAUGUGGGUCUGAGCUACCCCAGCAUCCACCGAAUGCUGCGGGACGAGAACGAGCCGGCAAGCUUUCGGGGGGAAUUGCGAUACCAGCAGAAGCGCCACAAGAGGGAUUUGGGGCUCAAUGCCCCGGCAAACAAGCUGAAUCUCACCCAUCGGGAUCUGAGAGCCUUCAACAGCAGUGGUGGUCAGUGGAAGGGCGACCUCCAGGCGAUCACAGCCAUGGAUCUCAGUGACAAUCAACUGAGCAGUCUUAGCCUGGACAAGUUCAAGCAGUUGUGGCAACUGGAUGUGAGCAAUAAUUCCCUCAGCGUUAUACCCCUGAGUCUGGCCGACUCCAGUAGCUCUUUACCUCUGGUGACACUCGAUCUCUCCUGCAAUCGAUUCCGACAACUUUCCACGAACUUUUUCGUUCAGCGCCUGCCGCAACUCAAGAAUCUCAACUUGGCCCACAACCAAUUGCUGAAUAUUUCCCGGGAAUCGUUCUACAAUUUACUGGAGUUGCAAACGCUUAUUCUCAGUCACAACAACAUCUCCGAUAUCGAUUACGAGACAUUCCUGGCACUACCGAAUCUCCAGCAUCUGGACUUGUCACACAAUCGCUUGAGUGGCUCUGCCAUUCGAGCUCUGCAGGGUAUACCCGAUCUGGUCAGCCUCUCGAUCGCCUACAAUCCGGAAGUGGGCGUGGCGAUGCAGGAGUUCGUAGCCUCCUGGAGUCUCAAGGAGCUGGAUGCCAGCGGCACUGGUUUGUGCCAGGUGCCGGCAGCCCUGGCUCAAUCAGUGAGGACUUUGAAGCUUUCCGACAACUGGUUGAAGGCCAUCAACUGCGGUGACAUGGACAGCUAUCCCCUGCUGCAAUACCUGGAUCUCUCGCACUCCCGCAUCGCCCAAGUGGAGGACGAUGCCCUGGGCCGAUUGGAGCUGCUCACGUCCCUCUUCCUGGAUCACAAUCUGCUGAUGCGCGUGCCCAGCAGCCUGCCGCCAUCGUUGGAGCACCUGUUCUUGCAGCACAAUCAGAUUAUGGAGUUGCCCCCACAAGCCUUUGUUGGCCUGGUGAAUCUUCAGACUUUAGAUCUCUCAGGCAACCGCUUGAUCUUCCUGCCUGCCUUGUCAAUGCCCAAGCUGCUCACCCUCAACCUACAAUCCUCGGGCGUGGAGAGUGUAAGCCAGUCCAUAGUGCACACUCUUCCCCAGCUGAGGGAUCUGCUCCUGGAGGACAAUCCCAUAAAAUGCAGCGAUUUGCUGGCCAUUGCCGAGUGGGCCAGUCCCUGCAGAGCAGUGGAUGUUACUCAGUCAAGGGGUGACGGUGGGCAGAGGGACCUCAAGGCAGAGUAUCUGCAGUUCCACGAUUUUUAUGAGAACUUCAGCGGAUCCAAGUGCGGAGAAAGGAAGCUGGAAAAUGACACAAGGCCGCCUAGCUGCAGCGUUUCCAGGGCAACAGAAACACCAGCAGCGACAACAACUCAGCGAACUAUGCCAAAAGUGAAAAAGUCAAAGGGAGCAGACCCCACAGCAACAUCAGCAACAGCAACACCUGCAACAUCAGCAGAACCAGCAACAACAGCAACAUCGCCUGCCCCAACAGCAAUGCAAUCAGUAGGCAACAGCGUUUCCCCGUUAACCACAAAAACUUUGCGGCCAGCAGAAACAACUUCGUUAGAGCAACGGCGGCAACAACAAGUCCCUGGCAUGCUAGCUCAGAACACAACAACUGGACCAGCCGAGAGCUUGCCAAGUUUGGUCCAGACAGGGGCAACAACAACAGAUCCCAUUUUGGCAAUGCCAGCAGCAACAGCCACCGCGGCAACGGCAACAACAGGAAUAAAUUCCAGCCAGCCAGCGAACAUUAGCGGUGCCACAAAAACAACAGCAGCAUCAGUGGUAGCAACAGCUACCACGGCAAUUGAAGUGCCACAAACAAUUUUGGCCAGCAAAAAAUCUGACAAAAUGCCAGCCGAUAAGGCACAGGGGACUUUAUUAAAAUACCCAACGAGCGACACAUCCGGUCAAGUAGCAACAGCAACACCGAUACCGACACACAAGCAUGCCACACUGCAGCUGCACGUUAAGGAUCGCCAUCUAAUUGGCACGCCGCUGCUGAUGCACAAGGGCGAUGUCCUGCUGGUAGAUGCCGAGCAUUUACUGCUCCCGGGCACGGCCACCGUGGCGGAUGCUAACGCGAAUUCGGUUGCGGACGCGGAUACUACCGUCUUGGACUCGAGCCAGCAACAGAAUCUGCAGACGGAGCCGGAAAAGCGCCAGUCAGCGGCUGAUAAGCGGCUGGCGGAAGCAAUAAACGGCGACACAAAGGCGCCGGCCAAAAGCCACAAAAAGAAGCCAUCGCUGAGCAUCAAGAAGAUGACCUACAGCACCAAACAUGCGGUAAAAGCGGCGUCUGUGGCAGUGGCAGCGACAGAUACAGUGGAGCAUAGUACCUUGGCGACAUCUGUAAAGCCGCAGCAUCAACACAGUAGUGUAAACACGCCCAGGGAAGCCUCUCUGGAGGAGCUCAGCACAUUUGCCCAGCUUAAGGCCUACGUGGAGCUCAAAAGCGAAUCGAAGCCGGAACACCUGAUGGAUCAGCGGGAGGAGAGUCAGCACAAUCUGACGGGUAAUCAUCCUGGCGUAAUGUUACUGGUGGCCUGCAUCCUGUUCGUCGUGCUGAUGGCGGGCCUGGCGCAUGUCUACCGCUGCGAGUUGCCCUGGCAGCGAGGUAAUCGCUCCGGUCACCUGCGACCGCACCAUCAGCGGCACCUUGGCGACACCGAUGAUGUCCACAGCUUCCUGCACUAUCAGGGAUCCCUAAACUCCACGGGGGAUCCCGCCCGCCUGCACAAGUGGCAUCACAGCACCCGGCGAGAGGCGCCUUACAGCUCGCCUUUGCACAAUCUCCAGGCCCGCGAGUUGCAACAACAACAGCGCUGUCAGCAAUUCUACUGCGCCUCGCUGGCGGACAAGUGCUCCUCCGCUGGGUCCACCACCUCGGGCAGCAGCAGCAGUCGCAGCAGUUUGCACUCGCCCAGCAGAGAUGACAGCUACUACAUAGAAAUGGCGCCCAGCAGUCCGCCCGCCGCCAUGCCUAGCCUGCCCAUGGAGUUGCUGGGCGGCAGGAGUACCGUCAACGGCUCCGCCAGAAGGGCGGAUCGAAUGGCUGCCACUGAUUUGGGUGGCACGACAGCGGAAGCUGCGUCCUCGACGGCUGUCGGUAUUAAAUCGGUGAGCAGCAGGCUGAUGGCCCCUAGUUCGCGGAGGCUGGGCCUUUGGUGACAAACCGUCUUCGGCCAGCGACAAUACGCGCCCUUCCAGUAGAGAAAUAGAGUAGGGAAAAGCCCGGUAACUGUCAUCUGCAAAAUGAGUCAAAAAGCCAACUAGCAACGGGGUUGGGAAACUAGAGAACACUUUGAUUCUAAAUUUCUCAAAAACAUUUAAAACCCCACUUUAAAAACUUUGAAACGCUUUCAAAAGUUCAGCUUAAAUAAACCCCAUAAAUAUUUCAAGCCAUAUAUAAGCAGAAUAGACACUUUCAUUCAAAUGCAACUUUUCAAAACUCUCCAGAGAACUAGAAACCGGGAAACUGAGAACAUGGCUGCCAAGAUCUAUAUAUAUCCCAACAGCAGAACAUAUAUUAUUUCAAGUUGGCUCCCCGGCUUGAUUUAUGAUGCCUUACCGCCGCCCACACGUUGCAGACCUCUUAGCGAUUCGGUUAGCAGCAACAAUUUGUCAUAAAUUUCUGUUACGUAUACGCCGCGUGUAGCCUGGCAAGGCGACGAGCGUAGACAGGCGGCCAAAUAGCCAACGCCAGCAAACUUUUUACGAGCCAUUCGAGCCGGCCAACGGAGUGGAGUCGAUGUCCAUCUUGUGGUCGUAUUUGGGUCAGUUUACUGGCCGAGUGCCGUGUGCGGGCCGCCAGUUAACUUUAUAUAAGUGCCUGUCCGUUUGCCAAGAUUAAGUGUUUUGAUAGUCAUGCAUAUAAAAAUGAAAUAUCGAUCAAGUAUUAAAUAACAAUUUAGUUUAUGACAGGCCCAAUUCAGUAAUCACAAGUUGUGGCGGCAGAUGCUGAGUAAGGCGGAUAAAUCGCCGGGAAUUGGUUGAGAGAGUAAAAUCAAUAUGGCCAGAGAGAAGGCCUCAUAAGUGGGCAUUGUUUGUGACACAACAAAUUGGCUUUUCGAAUUUUAAAUAGACUUUUUAUUGGGGCUUCUAGGAUGCACCUAUUUUAUAUACUGUUCUUCCAACUUUCCACCUUUCAAGCCUCUGCCACUUGCUUUGAGAAUCCUUUAAGCCCUCGUCCUGUUCUUCGAUGUUCGAUGCUUGACUACAACUUAACCUACUUUGCCAGCUGCUUCAGAUUCCCGAGUUUAAAUUGCAAUCUAAUUAAAGUUUCGUCUCUGUCCCUCCGGCAAGUUCACCCUUCGGUCGGUCGGCCAAGUGUUGGGCUAUCUGCGCUGGCAUCUAGCAUUCUCCACACCCGCCCAUUGGUGGAGGGUUGGAAGAUGUGCGAGGGUGGGAAUCAGCCCGCACUUAACCUCAUUUUACAAAUUGACCAGCACAACAUAUGGUGUAAAUCCAGCCAAAUGGCCAGACAUCUAAUCCGCCACGCCAAAAGUGAAAUGUUGUAAAACUAUUUGGGGGCCUCGCGUUCACGUAUAUCUAACGGACAUCAAAAUAAUGUGGCAGCAAAUCAAAUUACAGGACACGCGGCUGCCUCUGGGUCUCCAAGGGUGGCAAAAUGGUCCGGGGAACGUCUUACGAACCGAGAACACAACAAUUACAUUAAGACACGAUAAAAACUUGUGCAACAAUCUCGCUUGCGACCCCAACCACUGAACUAAACUAAACCGAACUGAACGGAACCGAGCUGGGCUUGGGCUGGGGAUGGUUUGAGUGCGAGUGCGACCCCUCCUGAAGGACGGACCACAGUCAUUGCACAGCUUUUUCAACUUUUUGUGGCUUUGUAAUUGGAAUACAAGAAGAAGGCGCGUGCACACAGGCGGCGACAGCAACAGGAAGCAGUCGAAGAAAGUGAAACAGAGAAAGCUAGAUUUUGGAUAGAGAGCACUCAGAAAAAUAUCUAAGAGCUUUUUGCUGUAUUUUGGCAUAAUUCUAGGAUUAAAUGAGAGAAAUUUGAAAUAUCUGAAGAAUAUAACUAACCAGAAUAUCAGUUUUAAAUUUAGUUCUAUUAGCUGAUUCCGUUUUAGUAUAAAUACACUUUUUAAUAACAAUUUUUCAUUUGAAAGUUAACGAAGAAGUCUGAAAUUUCUUCAGUAACUUUUUACGCUUUGUCAGUUUAAAAUUGAUCCUAAUACACCCAAGUACUUGUAUUUUCUCUUGCUAACUUUACCAGAAACUAGUUAAAAUUUAGUAACCCGAAUUUCGAACUAGUACUUUCCCUCAAGUGUAGAUAGAUACAAGUUUUGAUGGGAGAGCAGGGGGCUGAAAGGCGUUCGAGCGAAGUACGCUUAAGCAAUUCAGAAGGAUUUAUUUUCGGCCACAAAAGCGAAAUGCUCGACAAAGCGCUCCGAACAACAAUUAAAGUAAUGCUGACCAACAACCUACACCCGAUUGGGUGGGAUUAGAUGGCUAGGAGGAGAGUCUCCAUCUCCGUCUCCAUCUCCAGUCGAGUGGCGUCCUCCUCUGCUAGGACGCACAAAAUCUUAAUUAAGGAACUUCCAAGUGGGCAAGUGUCGAACUGUUGUAGAGCCAGUGGGAGGCAUUUUUUGAGAGUUGCGGUGGUGGGCAACCUUUUUAUUUUCAGCUUGCCAGCACAGCACAAAAAUCGCCUACAAAAGAAACCCUAGAGCGGAGUGUGCGGUGGGCGUUGAGUGACCCAGAGUCCGGUCCGGUUUAGUCCUCGAGCAUUGUCAAAUUUAAUGAAGGUUUCCUUUUUGGGCGACUUUUUGCUCAUGACACUGGCCAGCUGGCCAAGAUUUAGGAUAUUUUUCAAGGAUCUAGAAGGGGAGGGACGAGAGCCAAGAACCAACUCAAAUGAGUUAAUUCGAUAUUUGACACUUUUGGAGCUCGCAUUCCGCACAAUCUCGGUAUGUGAUGGGAUCCAGACCCUGGACUUUUGUCUCCCUGCGCAGUUAAUAAAGUUGGUCCGGGCCAGGACGUAAUUAUUUGCCUGCUAAAUGGCUUUUGGACGACAUUUCGGUGCCGUAAAUGGGAGCGAUUUAGAAAAUUAUGUGAAAAUAAGUUGCCUUUUGUUUGUUGGCCAUUGGUCGUUCCCCGUUGCCCGUUGGCAGUUGGCAGUUGGCGGUUGCUAGGACCGUAAAUAACGCUCAUAAUUGGGCGGCAGACUCGAAAAGUGGUCGACGGAAGGGGAAAAAGCAAACAGAAAUCGAAAUAAACAUCUCGGCCGUAUGGAUAGCAAACAAUAAUUAAACUUAAUUGCUCUGUACAUUGAAACGUCAAAAGUGUAAAUUAUAGUUAUUAACAUUUACUUGUAGCGGAGUUUACUUGAACUAACAUUUCAAUUCUGAAUAUUGCAUGUACAAUUUCCAUAGAAUAUGUAUUUAAAAUUUACAACAAAACAGCAAAAACGCAAAACAAAGGAAUAUAACGAAAAAUAGAAUUCGAGUAAUGUUAAUAUUUGCAUUUAAUUUGUCGAGAAUCAAAGUAAAAUGCGAUAAAAACCCACAAUAACAGCAACAAAAACUAAUUGCCAAAUAUUUGACGUACAGUUUGUAGCGUUAGCCAUUAAAAUCGAUAUAUAUAUAUAUAUAUAUAUAUAUAUACGUUUAUAGAUAUGUAUACAGCAACAAAGUAAUGACACACAAUCGUCGCAGAAGCAGCAUAAAGCCGAGCAAAUAAUUAUUAAACAAAUACUUCUAUUUACAAAAAUCACAGCAAAUAUUUAGUUAAGCCAAAAUGACGCGCAGCAUUUUAAUUAAACAACGGGUGGGCGGCCUUUUGGGUGCUCUCAAAAACAGAUGCAUGGGGCAAAAAAAAUUUCAAUAAGUAAAAAUAAACAAUAGUUGCAGCAUAAUUUUUCGUGUGUAUUUGUAAAUAGACAACUAAACCGGAAUGUGAAAGUAGAGAAAAAAGCCGAGGCAAGCUGGCAAACAAACAAACAAUAUUUGUGUGUGGUAGCUGUUCGAAUUGAAAUAUAUUUGCUGGACGAGGAGGAGCUGUCCUGCAUAUACCUUACGUAUUAAUGUUAGAUUUAGUGCUGCCAAAUCGUAGCGUAAAGGGUUGAUAACACAUAUACAUAUAUAUGUAUGAAAAAUAGCAUUAGAGUUAAGAGACGUGUACUAUUGAUAUAGAAAAUAUGGAUAGCAAUUAAAAGUGUAAAGAUAAACAUGGCAAACAUUUUAUGAAAUCUUCUCGAAAACUCACAAUUUUAAUGCAAACACAAGAAACCGAAGAAAUGUGAAAAUAAUAAAAUUGAGAAAUUUAAUUUGAAUGAGAAAACUCACAAUUCAUUCUGGCAUUUUCAUUUGGCUGAGGGAUUAAGUUGAUAUAUGUAUAUGAAAUAAUAUGGACGAAUGGAAAAAUAUUGAGUAUUGUAUUGGGCAACAAACGAAAAUAUCAAUUAAAAGCAAAGUGAAACAAAGAAGUUUUUGGAGAAAUGAGAAGACAAAGAAGGCUGGUAAAUA